UAGUAAUAAAGAAAGUAAAUCCACUCACGUGGACCAACGAGGUUUGAAACUAUCAAGUGAGCGUGUGAAAUAUUUUCUUAAACAUUUUGGGUUAAUCUUUUAUAUUAUAUUAACAUUAUAUUAUACAUUAUAUCACAAUUACAGCUAUUAAAAAAUUGAAAGAUAAACAUGAAAAUACCUUACAAGGCAAAUAUAAAUGAUUCUUUAAAUCAUUCUGGCAAUUUGGCGUUUGAAAAUGAUCACCAUUCUAAUGAUGAAAUUGAUGAAGACAAAGACUAUGAAAAUGAAGAAAGUGAAGAAGAUGAAGAAAUGGAAAAGAUCAAAGAUAUUAAUAAAGGAGGAAAUUUGCUCUUGGUAUCUGACAAAAAAAGAAGGAAGGUUACCAAUGAUUCUACAGACAUUUUAUUAAAAAAGAAAAGAAAAUUAGACAAUGAUUUAUAUAAACCACCAACUGCUGAAGAACUAAAUCAACUUAGGGAAACAGAAAAUUUAUUUCAUUCCAAUUUAUUUAGACUACAAAUAGACGAAAUGUUAAAUGCAGUUAGAUUUAAGGAUAAAUAUAAAAAUUUGUUUGAUAUUUGGUUUAAAAAGUUUAAAGGGACUAUUGAAUCCAUAGAGGAAACAGAAGAAUAUGAACUUUCAGAUGAGGAACUAGGGAAAAAAUUGAACAUGCAUAUUCCAAUGCUUAAUGUACCAAAAGUAGCAAAAGGAAUAUUUAAAUUUCUUAAGCCAACAGAUAUUUCUAUUAUAGGAUCUUAUGUAUUUGAAGCUGCAGUUGGUUCAAAUAUCACUGUAGAUAUAUUGAUUGAAAUGCCUGCCAAGAUGUUCCAAAAACAAGAUUACCUAAACUAUAGAUAUAUAAAAAAGAAAAUGAUAUAUUUAGCAUACAUAGCAUCUAAUAUUACUGAUGAUAUUGCAGAAAGCAAGAGAUUUAUGAAUGACACAUUAAAGCCAGUUUUAAAAAUUGUACCAAGUGGAAAAUUAGGUACCAAAAUUAAUGUAUUGAUACAUAUAUCAGCUCAAGAAGGAAGUUUUAGAUUAAGUAGAUUUUUACCAGAAAAGAAUAAUGUUAGACCUCAAUGGUUUUUUGGAGAGACCAAAAAUAUUACAGAGAAUUUUGUACCAACACCACAUUAUAAUUCAAUAAUUCUUCGUGAUUUAGUUAUGAAAAUACAUGCAGAGAAUAUGAAAAUAAUAAGAGAAUAUCCAAAUAUAAGAGAUGGCAUUAUUUUAUUGAAAAUAUGGUUAACUCAACGUGAAUUAUUAAAAGGCUAUGCAGCUUUUAAUGGACAUAUCAUAACAAUGCUUAUUCUAUAUUUAUUAUCCAUAAAAAAGUUAAACACAUUUAUGAGCAGUUAUCAAAUAGUUAGAAAUGUGUGGAAUUAUUUAAUACACAUUGAUUGGUGUGAAUCUGGAGUAAGUACGAAUCAAAAUGAAGAGAGUAAAGAUAGAAUUUUGAAAUAUCAUGAGUAUUAUGAUUGUGUAUUUUUGGAUAGCACUGGUUAUUACAAUAUUACUACAGAUCUGUCUAAAGCUACAUAUAGAUGGGUACAAAAAGAAGCAGAACUUUCCUUAAAUCAUUUGGACAAUGCACAUGCAAACAGUUUCCAAUCACUUUUCAUGAGAAAAGUACCAUUUUAUAUGGCAUUUGAUCAUUUUGUAUGGUUUAAAGGUGCUAAAAUGUUAAGAAAUCUAGUAAAUAUUAAUUCAAGUGACAAAGAUAAACUAGAUUAUGGUCCCAAUUAUCGAGCCCAAGCAAUAAAAAUUCUUUGUAAUACUCUUAAAGGAGGACUGGCAAAUAGAGUACAUCAAAUUUGUGUAUUACCGAAUAAAAGUUCAGAAUGGAAAUGUACAGGGAAUAAUUGUGAUGAUAUUGGGAAGAUUUUUAUUGGGUUAGAAUUAAACCCAGAGUAUUGUUUUAAUAUUGUUGACAAAGGACCUGAAGCAAAUUUACCAGAAGCCAUUGAAUUUAGAAAUUUUUGGGGUGAAAAAUCAGAGUUACGGCGAUUUCAAGAUGGAACUACUCGAGAAGCAGUAGUUUGGUCGAAAGGCAAAACAUUAUCAGGAAAAAGAUUAAUAUGUAAAAAGAUCGUAAUAUUUUUAUUAAGAAAAAAAUUAGGUAUACCUAAAAAUAAAUUUGUAUAUAUUGCGGGUGAAAUGGAAGAACUUUUACAAUUGCAGAAGGUAAAAAUAACGCAUUUCACUUAUGGAACGGGAGAAGAAGCAGCACUGAGAGUAAUAAACGUAUUCAAUCAACUUGAGAAAGAUUUAAUGUCUCUUACAGACAUUCCUUUAUCAAUACAUGGGGUACAAGGAUCUAGCGCGGUUUUUCGAUAUACGGACGUUUUCCCACCACUUGCAACGAUUUAUCGACCUGAUAAUCAACUUAUUAAGAAAUCUAAAAAGGGUUUGACAUUAUCAAGAAAUAUAACUGAAGCACCUAAAUAUGUUUGUCCACUUGAUGUGAGCUUGCAAUUAUCAACUAGUGGAAAAUGGCCAGAUGAGUUAGAAGCUCUUAGAAAUACAAAAGCCGCUUUUCACAUACAAAUUGCAGAAUGCCUCAGGAAACAAUAUAAGUUAACGGCAGAACCAAAUUUUUCACAUAUCGAUGUAUAUAAGGAUGGAUUUGUGUUUCGGUUAAGAGUGGCACAUUCAAAAGAAGUUAGUUGCUUGAAACAGCAAAUAACUGAGGAUGGUGUUAUACAAUAUAAAGAUAACGAAAAAUCUAUCGAAUUAGAAAAUAAGCUAUUUGAAUUACCAAAGCUAACUAGUGCUUUACAUGGCUUACAUAAUCAACAACCAUCCUUUGGACUUGCAUGUUGUUUGGCAAAACGUUGGUUAUCCGCUCAGCUGUUAGAUAAUUCUCAUAUGCCAGAUAUAGUAGUUGAACUACUUAUAGCUUCAAUGUAUUUAAUACCUGCACCAUACAGACCUCCUCAAAUGCCUCAAAUAGCAUUCUUGAGACUCUUAGAAAGUUUUGCAAGGGGUCAUUGGAAUACAGAUCCUGUUAUAGUAAAUUUCAACAAUGAAAUGUCUAAAGACGAAAUAAUUGCCGUGGAAACGCUUUUUGGAUCAUCUCGUGAUUCUUUACCACCACUAUUUAUCUCUACUCCUUAUGAUCAACAGAGAUCAUUAUGGACUAAAAAAGCACCAUCUACUCUAAUUUUAAAUCGCAUUACAAUGCUGGCUAGACAAUGUAUAAAGUUAUAUGAACAUCAAUUUUUUACAAAAGUUCUGUUAGAUUUCAAACCCUUAUUUAGGCCACCACUUACAGAAUAUGAUUGUUUGAUUUACCUAAAACCGUGUAUGGUUCCUAGAAGGUUACAAGCAAUUGAUGUUAAUGAUUCAUGCCCAAUUGUUGAAUGGCACCCAUAUAAACAUCAUUCAGCCCAAAAGAUACCAAUUGUAGGUUUUGAUCCUGUACAACAUUUUCUAGAAGAUCUUAGGAAUGGUUAUGAUGAAUUUGCCUUAUUUUUCCAUGAUACCUAUGGUGGUACAGUAAUUGGAGUUUUAUUGAGACCUUCUGCAUUAGAAAUUAAGGACCUCAAGGUUUCAAAUAUAAGUGGCAGAAAAUGUAAUAAUAAUAAUGAACUAGCUUUAAAUAUUUCUGCAAUCAUACAAGAUUUUUAUGUUCUUGGAAAGGGUCUCGUAGAAGCGAUAGAUGUUCGAUCUAAAAAGUUUUCUUUAACUUGAUUUUUUCUAGUAUAAAUAAAUUGUAAUAUACAUUUUAAAGUAAAGCUUUGUUUUUUAUAUUAA